AUGAAUUCGCAUCCUGGCGAUCAUGAUGUUGCUUACUCCCAGCCGCAGCUGGUUCCCACUUCAUCGGCGGAAGCCGAGUCUUCUUCUGCUGCUGAUAUAGCUUAUGGGUCUUCCGAGGAGGCCAACUCCCCUCUGUCCCCUCUUGUCGGAUCCCCGCCGACCACGGAUGCUGUUGCCUCAUCACCCACGGACGCUGCUGCCUCGUCACCUACCGGGAGCCUCCCCCACCUCGCCGCGGUGAUCGAGGCGAUAUCCCUCCACUCGGCUCGCUGGCUAUGA